AUGAAAACUUCCCCUUCGCUGCCUUCCCACGGCCGGGGCGAUUUCCCACGCGGGACGGGCUCAGGGGCGCCGCGCCGGGGUGUCCGGCGACCUGGGCGCCCCAGCGCGCUCACGCAGCUUUGCAAGAAAGUGGCACACGCGAUCGCCACCUCGGCCCGCCGCGCCCGGCCCGCCCGCUCCCAGCCCCGCGCGCGGGCUUCCGCCCCCGCCGACCCUCCAAGCGCCGGGCUGACCCCGCGCCCUCCCGGCCGCCGCGGGAACGCCGGGCCGCACGGGCUGCCUCCUCCCCCUCCCGCCCCAGAAUCGCGCCGAUCCGCUCCCCCGGGCGCGGAGGCGGGGAGGGAGGAGCCCCCGCUCCUGCUUCCUGCUCCUCCCGCCCGCAAGUCCGCCCGCCUGCCUAAAUUCCGAGCGAGGGCGGACGUCCCUUCUCCCCGGGCUCCCGAGCCGGCCGCGUGGCUCCGCCUCGCCCCCAUUCAUCCCGCCAAGGUGAACCGCUGGGAGGGAGGACGCCCCCGCCUAGCCCGCAACGUGCGUCGCUCCAGAACCCAAACAAUGCUUCCCCCGCCUUCCGCGUGCGGCCCUCCGCCCAGCCCAGCCUCGCGCGCAGCGCCGCGCGCAGGGAACCGCCUGCCCGGGCCGGGACCCCAUUGUUGCCCGGCGCGGGCGAUGCCCGGCGUCCGGGGGCGGUCCCCGCGAGCGGUCCCGCAGCCUCCGCCAGCGGUCCCGCAGCCUCCGCCGGCCGCCGGAGCCGGCUCCGCCCACACCUUUCCAAGUUAG